UUUGGAGAGGAGCCGGGGACUGCCCAUGGUGGAUGGGCGGAGCAGUAAGCAUGCGCUGAGCUGGCAGACUCUGGGCUGGUCCUGACGGGCUGGCUGGGCUCCGGACGGGCUGUCUGUGCGCCUCAGACGGUCGUGGGGGAGAUUACCAUCAACGCUCAGCGUCUCCUGGAGCACACAGAGAGGGAAACGAGCUGAAGAGACACGGCGAUAACUGCGAGACGACAAAGCGAAAGAGAAAAACAAGCCAGCUCCACUUCGGCUUCUAGACAAGCACCGAAGAAGACGCAGACGACCCCCCCCCUCUACCCCCACACCCCGCCGCCAACCCGCCCCAUAUCUACCCUCUCCGUGUGCCAUCCCUGUGGUCCUGCCCUCCCACCCCCACGGGAGAACCUCGAGCAUCUAUAGGAACCCCCUCUACAUACAGACACACACAUAAACACACUUGACCAGCGUUGCCAUUGAGCGAUGCGCUCAGAAUUUAGGAAGAAGUCGCCCGUGCGUCUUUGAUGCAGCAGAACCAAACCAGAGCUCUUCGUUUUUCCUCAGUGGGAAGAGUCCAGGCUGCGGAUCUGGGUGUUUACACUUCUUUGACGGGUUUCCAGUGGAAUGACACGCAACAUAUUUCGCCCCACGGCAACAGGCAAGGCUGUCACUCCGUAGAUUAGUCUUUAUUUUACACAGCCAGUUGUCACACCAUAAGCUGCUGUUUUGAGUUGAUGCGUGAUUUUUCCAUGCUCAAAAAUCCUCCUGACAAUGGUCUGGGAACGGACCGCCUCUCCGGACACUUAGUAAUAUUUUUUUCCAAGACGCGUCAGAUCUAUAGUCAUUCUUUUUGAACGACGAAGAAGCGAUUGAUUGACGAGGAGUCACUUGACAGCCGCUUGAGCGCCAGGACUUUGCGUGCGAAGUUUGCGCCGGGAAGAGGGAGCUACCAAGUCGGAGAUAUCUCAGCUUUGUCCGCGGCAUUUUCCUUGAAAGGUGGGAGGUCAGCGGGGUUGUGGUCAUGCUGUCCGUGGACGAGCCCCUGGACCUUAAGCUCCCCCGGCGAACCAAUGGGCGGGACAGAGGGGCGUGUUCGCCCCCCCUCUCCCCACUGCACCCCAAGCGAGCCCGCCAGCUCCACAUGGCAGAAGACGGCACUGCAGUGAUAGAGCCGGCCUCUCCAGCUUCUCCACAUACAGGCGCGCAGGUGGUCCCCCACCAUCGGACAGACACCCCCACCCCGCCUGCGGUGGACCUGAGCAUGUCUCCCUCCUCCCGCCACACCCCCAGCUCUCCAGAAAUGACUACCGGCAACUACGUCGCCUCAGGGAAUUCUCACAUCUCACCGGCCUUUCAGUUUUUUGUGCCAAUCAGAGCUGGAGCGGGACUUCAUCUGCCGUCCUCCAUGUUCAUCAGCCAGACGAGUGACAAGAGAGCGUCUCCAGACCUGUCAGCGGACGAACAAUUGGCCUGCCGCUGGAGGAAGUGCCAUCUGCUCUUUGACUCGCUGCAAGACCUGGUAGACCAUGUCAAUGAUUUCCACGUCAAGCCUGAAAAGGAUUCUGGGUACUGCUGCCACUGGGAGGGCUGUGCUCGCAAAGGCCGGGGGUUUAAUGCAAGGUACAAGAUGCUCAUCCACAUCCGCACUCACACUAACGAGAAGCCUCAUCACUGUCCCACCUGCAACAAGAGCUUCUCACGUCUGGAGAACCUGAAGAUACACAACCGCUCACACACAGGUGAAAAGCCCUACAUUUGUCCAUAUGAGGGUUGCAACAAGCGCUACUCAAACUCAAGCGAUCGCUUCAAACACACGCGCACACACUACGUGGACAAGCCUUACUACUGCAAGAUGGUGGGCUGCCUGAAGCGCUACACAGACCCCAGCUCCCUCCGGAAGCACAUCAAAGCCCACGGUCACUUUGUGGCUCAGGAGCAGGGCUCCCCGGGUGGGGUGGGGUCCCUCCUGAAGGGGAGUCAGAGUGGAAGGCUUGGGAAUGGAGGGGCAAAGGAUUCAGAGCUGUCCUAUGUGAGCGGACCCCACAUUAUCAUCCCUGGGGCAGCGGCUGCUCUUCUAGGAGGCCAUGCUCUUCAGGGCCUAAGUGGCGCCGUACCCCUGUCUCCACUCAGUCCAAGGCCCCUGGACCUCAGCUCUAUGGGCUGCCCCAACUCACCUCCAGGCAGCAUGGGAGGAACAUCCAUCCUCUCUUUCAACGGCUCGGCGCUGGGACUGGCCAAGUCCCCCCUGCUCUCCUCUGCGUUCCCCUCCACGGCCCUGGGUCUGUCAAUGAUGCCCAUGCUGGGAGCUGCGUCUGAGCGUAGGGCACAGAGUCAGCAGGUCAAGAAGGGCCAGGGGGAGGAGGCCGAACACGAGGCGACUGGAAGGGUCCUGAACCUCUCCACAGGAGGCUCUCAUGAUCCCCUUUCCUGGGUGGUCAUCCCUCCAGGCACUGUGGUGCUCAAGCCAGCUGUGGUCAACUGAUACACACACACACAUUCCAGAAGAGCUCAGGGGGUUGGGAUGGGAGGGUGAAUGCCAUUAUGGGGGGUAUGAGUGGUCAAAGGUGAUAGGGACUAACUCGCACAAUCAAAUCCAGGCAAUGCAUUUUAGAGCAAGUGUGGAAAAGGAUAAAAAUGUCCCACUGAACCUUCAAUCAAGAAAACAAUAGAUAACACUACACCUCACGAGAGUUAUGAACACAACGCAAGCCUCUUUUCAUGUUGGGGAAACCAAAGGGGCCCAAGAACUCUGUUCAGGAACAUGUACGGUUUGGCUCCUUGUUGCUUAUUUUAUACUCUAUUCAUUCCUGUUUGCUGGUUCUUUGAACAGGGACCGUGAGCGUAGUGCUUCGUGUCUUAGUGCUCUGUGUUCUUGCAAAAGCCCUGAUUCAUUUUUAAGUAUUUAUACGACUGUACUUCAUUGACAGCGUGCCUCCAGCUGAGCAGUGAGAUCGAUACAUCGCGAAACUGACUGACGCACUCACAGUUGGGCAAACUAUCGAGUAAUUGGAAGAUUCUCCAUAGUUGAUUUUUUUUUUAUAUAUAUAUAUAAAUAAUGACCUAUUUUUCACAGGCGGCUGUGAUUAAUAUGAUUACGACAAGCUUGCCAUACCAAAGCAAGUGAACUUUUUGGAUUAGUGCAGGAGGAGGAGGAGGAGGCCACCAUCUCCACUCUGCGUCAGUUCAGUCGAACAUAGCACUUAACAGUGUCAGCUGGUUAUAGAAAAGAAACCUCAAAACUGCUGCUAACCUCUCAGCUCCCCCCAGUGUAGCUUUAACUGGGAGAGAGCACUUUUGACAAUCUGUCCCCAGUGUUGGGGAGGGUGAGCAACAUGCAUCAGCCUAGUCCACCAGAAUAUGUGCCAGAUGUGCAGACUAGGGACUUUUACGGCACAGAGACAGACAAAUGGUGUUAUAUCACCUUGCAAUGACCAAUCAUCAAUCCCUCCUUUUUACCCUAGUGAAAUUCAAGCACUGGUGUGUCUGGCGCCCCUCUCUGGUUGGACACUGUACACGGCAUCCUCCCUGCUGUCCUCAGAACCUGUUUUGCUCCUGGAUUGUCCAGCUGCUUUCCCGUAAUUGAAUCAACACGGCCAGUAUGUGUAUGAAAGGGCCACUGUGGUGAUAAACACUAGUGUCUUGUGUUUUUAAGAAGUGACCCGACCCAAAACCAGCUGUGAAAAGCAGUUGGUCGUCCAAUCGAAAGCCCAACUCAGCCUGGUCGGUUUCAGUUAUGUCCCAAGUGCAGCAAAUGUCACGCUGUGCCAAAAAUACCAGGAGAGUCAAGUGGGAUGUCGUUGUUGUGCCACAGAGGGGGGUGCGAUGCACUCAAUGCCACAAACAGCUGGACUGAAUAGGAAGCCACACUAUUGCGAACUGCCUCAUUUUACUCUGUCCGAAGGGGCAAUAAAAUAAAAUAAAAUAAAAAAAAUUUGACUUUUGAGAAAACUUCUCUCAUGGUUCAUUUAUAAGCAGGCAACAUGCAGUUACCACAAUCUAUAACCCUUACAUGUAUUUAAACAUGUUACAGCUAAGUAACAGUACGUGUUUCUUUCACGACUAGUUUGCGCUUAUUCCAUUUUUCGGCAUGGGUCCGUUUUGUUUUGCGGGCUCCUUCCCAGAGUUGUGUUGCUCAGUGCGAAUGCAUGUAUGAUGUUGACUCUUGUCCCUCUUGAGAGGAGAGGUAGAGGAGCUGGAGAAGAUCGUCCCAACACAAGGAGCAUUCCUCUAAAAAGACUUGACACACCCACAUCCUCCCACUCCUCCAUCUCUCCUCUCCACAAAGUGCGUACGUCGGCGGUCUUACUCUUCCAUUGUCCAGUCUUAGAGCAUCAUUAGACCUUACUUAAUGUUGUUUAUAUUUUUGUGAUUAUUAUUAUUUUUUUUGCUGUUGUUCUGACGAGACAUUUUUCUGAUGUUGAAGUUGCUUAUUGUGUACUGCGAUGGCUGCUCUGCAGUCAGCUUUCUGCCGCUGAGGCCGAGUCUUUUUACGAGAUGAUGAGAUGAAGAGAGGGGGAGGUUUAGAUGCUUUUCCAAGGCAGUGGUUCUCAACCUGGCAGCUCUUAAAAAUUAUCUGAUGCUCAAUAUGUGUGGUGACAUUUAGAUACGUUAUAAGCUAUUGGAUGGAUUUUUGUGAAAUCUUGUGCUGGGGAUUCUUUCUAUUACAUCAAAUAUGAUUCCUUAAUGUCUCAGCUAGUGCCAUCUCCAUGUCAGAUGUUUGGAUUACGACUCGAGUACAAAACUAAUAACAUCUCUGUUGUCAUGCUAGUGCACUUUACCCAAGAUACAGCAUUACCUGCUAAACAUCAGCGUGCCACAUUGUCACCGUUUUAAGGUUGUUAGCAUUUAGUUAAAAGUACAGCCAUAACAAAGUACCACAGAUAUGACUUUAUCUCCCAGUCCCCUUUGUUCUGAAGGACGGAAUACGACGACAGAUGCUGUGUUCCUAAAGCAGAACAAUGUGGGAAGGAGAAACGCCUGUACGUUCAGAUGAUACUAAUUUAUGUUCAGGGUAAACAGGACAACAAAGGUUGAAAACCACUGCUGUGACAUCACGCCCCACCAUGACAAUCAUGAUGGCGUAAGAGCAUUGUUUUGACUUGUUCUGACAGUGAGAUUCAGUGAAAGCAUUGAGAAAUGAAAUUCGACUGUAAAAUGGUGGGCAGCGCUGAGAGAGGGAGCAAAGACAGAAAAGACUGACUAAAAGAAUGAAUAAAUUAAUGGACAGGGAGGCAUGAAGGAGGGAAGAGUCUGCGAGCCAGCAGAGGGAAAACAAGCAGAUAGUCGUGCUGUGCAGCCGCUCUCCAUCUGGCCACCUACCCAGCAAACAGUCCUCUCGGCUCUGUACUCGCUGUGCCCAAUGUGGCAGCCACUCACAGGCAGACAGCACCAGCCUGCUGAAAAGUAGGCCACUGAACUCUGUCUGCCCUCUGGGUUUUUUUUUUUAGUUUUUUUUAUAGAAUAAACCCAAAAGACUCAGCCCCUCAGUCCCCCCACCUUUUUUUUUUUUAACCAGAGAUGCAUUCCAGUCUCCCUAACAAGCUGCAUUCACAGUAAACAAAAACAAAAACAAAUGAAAUCUCAUGGGCUGCCCACAGGUCUACCACUAUUCACAGCAGAGAUAAACUGCAUACUUGUGCUUCAGCCUCAGAAAUUCUUAGUCAUCAUUGCCUCAAGCACUUACCCCUAAACCCCAUCUCUCUCCCUCCCCCCCUCACACACACACAGUUUGUCCAACAAUCUUUUUAAGGACUCUCAUUGACUUUCAGCAUUAUCCUUAACUAGCCCUAAAUUCAGCUAAUAGCUCAAUAUGAGUGUAUACUGGUCCUGACAAAGUCAGUGUUUAUGCCAGAUAAGCUGUAACAAAUACACACACACACACACACACACCAGUCUCUGUGCAGGCUGCAUGUUUGAACUGAAUCUCUCAUUGUGAGUGGACAAUCCUGGCAUGUGAUGUCAUCAGAAACAGGUGCUAAGUAGGCUAGACAUGGUUUCCGUGGCAACAGCGAAAGCCACAGAUGCGGCAGCUCUCCUCCUCCUCUCUGUUUGUCUGUUUCUCGUCUAUUGAUCGAACAGGGACUCAGCACAGCGGGAGAAAGCUGAAUGAUAAUGACACGGAUCCUUCCAGGAUCCACAUGGUUUCAAUAUUAAAUAAGCUGUAUGACCCAUUAACCCUUUGAGCUCAGUCUCGACUGCACUUUUGCACCCCUCACCAUGUGUGUAGAUAUGAGGGAUGCUGUCACAUCCUUCCUCAUAGCAGAGCGUUGUUCUUCAGUCAAUUUGAGAACAAACAGAAUUCAGAAAAAUGGCUGAAAUGUAAAAAAGAAAAGUUCAGAUUUUUUUCUUAAAGCGGUACUUAGCCGUAAAUGUCAUUAAAAGGGUGCCACUGACUGAAGUGCCACAGUGCUGCACAACAAAGGGUUAAUGAUAAAACUAUGGCCAAGCAAGGCCUGUUCAAACUUAUGUUUUUUGCACAUGUGUGAGAUAUUAUGUCAGUAUUUGAAUUUUUCCAAGUGCCUUUUUUUGUUAUAGGUGAAAAAAAUAUAUAUAGAAGUUAUACUCUAUGCGAUUAAAACAACGAUAAUAUGAAAAUAUAUUUUUCCUGGCAUCGUGUUCUGUGGCUGAACAUGCCGAAUUUCAGAGUUGUAAAAGUCUCCAAUUGGUACAACAUAGCAGUGUGCUCCUGUUUUAGAGGAAUUUUAUUACGAUAUUGAUAAUAAUGUCAAUGAAAAGAGAAAUGUUUAAUAAAGUUGCAUUUGAUACAA